CCACUACAGAGGAAACAAUGAGCUCAACACAGAAGGACGAUCCUCAGCGCUUACACAGAUCCUCCAUCGAUGUUUUGGAUCCAAUCAGUGAUCAGUUCUACGAGGAGGCCUGGAUGUUCACCAGCGCUCGCUACACCUCCAUCUACCAGAAGGUUUUCCACUGUCGGCCAUCCAGCGAUGCUGGAGGGCUACCUGGCCAAUGCUGGCCUACACAAAGAGGUCCCGGCUCGGAGGAGCUGAAGAAGAUCCUUGCCUUCCUCGUCAGUUUCCUCUUCAGUUCCUAUCCCAACAAAACCUUCUUGCACCUAUUAGCUCCAAAGAGGCUAUGGUGCCCGUGGAGGUCUGGACCUGAGGCCUGUGCUCAUCACGUGGAUAGAAAACACUCUGACACCAUUCUGGAGAUGUUGACUGUGACCUCAGAGGCCAACUGGACCACACAGCUGCAGCAGGAGUGA